UUCUUGUUCAAACGCCUUGCUUUUAUCAGUGUCACUUGAAGAAUAUUGAAUGAUCUUGAAACCUUGGAACCAUCGAACCUUGGUACUUCAAAACUUCAGGGUACCAAGUUCAAAAUUAAUCAUCUCUCGCUACAUGAAGUGAAAAAGCUCGGGUGCCAUGGCGAGCCGAAUAUGGAAGGUGUUAGCUCGGAGACGGAUCGAUGAGGACCUCGAGAGCAAAAGCAAACUAGCUCGGGUUUUAGGCUUGUUCGACCUCACAGCACUUGGCGUGGGUUCGACCCUCGGCCUCGGUGUUUAUGUCCUUGCUGGCAGCAUCGCCAAAGAGACGGCUGGACCAGCCGUUUGCAUCGCCUUCCUCAUUGCAGCUAUCGCUUCCGGAUUUGCCGGAAUGUGUUAUGCAGAAUUUGCUUCUAGGGUUCCCAAGGCAGGAUCUGCAUAUGUUUACAGUUACGUGACAGUGGGAGAAUUCAUUGCUUUUAUCAUAGGAUGGAAUUUAAUUUUAGAGUAUGUAAUAGGUACAGCAAGCGUCGCUCGAGGACUUAGCGGUUACUUGGAUGCGCUGACAGGAAAUGUGAUACGCGAGAAAUUGGAAGCCGCAAUGCCUAUAAACAUCUCGUUUUUAUCAAAAUACCCAGAUUUCUUUGCAUUCGGUGUAGUAAUGCUUCUUGUAAUCUUACUAAGCACGGGGGUGAAAGAAUCGUCAAUUUUAAAUAAUAUAUUCACUGUAAUAAACCUGAUUACCAUUGCAAUAAUCGUAGGCGCGGGGUCCUUUAAAGCUGAUCCAGCUAACUGGAGGAUAUCGGUGGAGGAUAUACCCAAGGACAAGCCCGAAAUACACGCAGGAUCAGGAGGCUUUAUGCCCUUUGGUAUAAGCGGAGUGAUGAUCGGGGCGGCAAAAUGUUUCUACGGUUUCGUCGGUUUCGAUGCUGUGGCAACUACCGGUGAAGAAGCUAAAAAUCCUCAGCGCAAUAUACCCAUAGCCAUCGUUGUUUCCUUAAUUAUAAUCUUAAUGGCUUAUUUUAGUAUCUCAACCGUGCUAACUAUGAUGUGGCCUUACUACGACCAGAAUGUCGAUACGCCAUUUCCAUAUGUUUUCGAUAAAAUUGGAUGGACUACUGUUAAAUGGAUCGUUAAUAUUGGUGCGGCAUUUGCAUUAUGUACAAGCUUGUUUGGGGCGAUGUUUCCUCUACCAAGGAUACUUUACGCUAUGGGUAGCGAUGGGAUAAUUUUUAAGCAACUUGCAAUAAUACAUCCGAAAACAAUGACACCCAUUUUCGGCACAGUGGUCUCUGGCUUAUUUACAGGAAUCAUGACACUUAUUUUUGAUCUUCAACAAUUAAUUGACAUGAUGUCUAUUGGAACAUUGUUGGCAUACGCAAUAGUGGCGGUAUCCGUUUUAAUAUUAAGAUAUCAACCGAAGGAGUGCGCAUCAAAUACUCGUUCUGUAUCAGCAAUGAAUGACUACAAGGUAACGUCAGUCAACAUAUUAAAACAAAUUAUUAAUUUACAGAAUCAGAAAGAAGUAACUGAAAUGUCUAAUAAAGUUGCAAAAUACAGUAUUGGAAUUUUAUGUAUUGUUAUAUUUAUUACUGCGCUUUUUAUUAAUUCUGUAGAUACCACAGCAUUAGGUAGCAAUGUGAUAGAAUUAGUGAUAUUAAUCGUACUUGUAAACAUAUUAUUAUUAAUUAUGAUUAUUAUUGCAAGACAACCUACUCAAGACAUUGAUUUAGCAUUUAAGGUGCCAUUAGUACCACUUCUUCCAUGUUGCAGUAUUUUCAUAAACUUAUAUUUGAUGUUGCAGUUAGAUAGUUUUACUUGGAUCAGAUUCGCUGUUUGGAUGCUUAUAGGUUUUACUAUUUAUUUCUUUUAUGGCAUAUCUCACAGCGAACAAGGAAAAAGAAAUAAAAGAGAAGCAGAAAUGUUAAAACGAAAGUACGCGGACCAAGUUAGAAUCGUAACCAGAUUCUAAUAAUUAUCUCGCCACAUGUGAUAUUUUUUUAUAUAUUUUAAUAAAAACUGCUCAGAGAGAAUAAUCUUAGAUAUUACGCAUGUGAAUACUGUGGCAAUUUUAAAAUACGAGCAUAUUCAUCUUAAUACUACAUCUUUCAAUAUUUUUUAAUAAAUAUAAAAUAUUAAGAUAGGAUAUCAUCCUGAUUGUAUAGACUAUUUUUUAUAAAUUAUUCUUACAGAGGAAAAUAGAUUUUACCAUAAAAAUUCAAAAUUACUUUAAAAUUAUUUCAUUUAGAAAAUCUGAGCUACUCUAUCGUAUAUAAGGUUGUGAAAACUUUUGUUUUUUUUUGUUUUAUACACUAAAAUGUGUCGAUAUAUACUGUACAUAUUUCAUUACUUAUUUAGAUACCGAUUUCAUGGUUGAAAUAUAUUGUUUUAUAUUA